CCUCUGUUUUGUAGAGAGACAAAACAAUGUGGUUGUUUAAAUUUUCAUAAUAUAAUUAUGAAAAUUUCCGCCGAUUCUCCUGAAGAGCGUAUCGUUGUUACGGAUAUCGAGGAACACGGAUUCGAAACAUCAAAGUACCCACUGCCUUCUUGACCUGCGAGAACGGGACGGGGGUUUAGGUCUUUUUGCUUGAUUGCGCUUGUUUGACAAUGCGGAUAGUUUCUUUACACACUAGCACCCGUAGCACCCUUCCACCCGCUAGCCAACAAGGAAAAGUUGAUACGGCUAUGGCCUGGAAUCGUGAUGAAAUUACUUGGUCCGAGGCUCGUGAUCUCUUUCGAACUUGGAGAGAGGAAUCAGAACGUAGAAGUAAAGAUGUGGUAGAUUUGUGGAAGUCUGUAUUAAUGCCAAAAGUAGAUCAACUUGGCAACGAGAAAUAUUUAGUACUGGAGCAAGUAUGUGUAGCAGCUUUAGACUGUUAUAGAUUGUCUCUUGCCGAAUACUGCAUCAAAAUUUUGAUGAGAGACUUUCCAGGCAGCUUGAGAGUACACAAAUAUCAUGCGAUGCAUCUGGAAGCUUUGGAAAUGUAUGAUGAAGCUAUUGAGGUAUUGGAUUCUAUUAUUAAGAGGGACGAGACAAAUGCUGCACCCAGGAAACGAAAAGUUGCUAUUUUGAAAGCUAAAGGGAGAACAACAGAUGCAAUUAAGGAACUCACAGAGUACCUCAAAAAGUUCAUGAGCGAUCAAGAGGCUUGGCACGAAUUGUGCGAUCUGUAUUUACUGGAACAAGAUUAUGCGAAAGCAGCUUUCUGUAUGGAAGAAUUGAUCCUGCAUAAUCCCCACAGCCAUCUUAUUUAUCAGAGAUAUGCAGAAAUCAAAUAUUCUCAGGGUGGCUUCGAGAACAUGGAACAGGCAAAGGCAUACUUUACUCAAGCAGUGAAGUUAAAUCCUCAAAACAUCCGAGCACUCUACGGUUUAUUAUUAGCUGUGAAUAAUAUUGCGAUGUCACCAAAAUGUCCAUCAGCAAAGAAAAAAGAAGCUCUUAAAUUGAACGAAUGGGUAUCGGCCCAAAUUGUGAAGCAGUACAAGUCAAAAGAUGCUGAAGGCAAUGUCAAGAACGUGGUAGAUUUACUAGAGCAAUUGCAACUUGAAGCUUGAAGCUAGAAAUAAUUUAGUUAAUGUUUAUGGACAAUCUAGCUAGUAAUUUGUAUAUUUGUUCAAAUAUUGUAAUAUAUGUAAAAUGCUCUAUGUGAGAAAAACCCGACAGGGUUUCGUGACAAAGGGCGUCGUAUUGUUUCAAAACACACAUUAUACAAGUUAAAUUAUGCGGUUCACGUGCUAUCAAGAACACUUUUAAAUCAUUUUGAAUUUUCUUCAAUAAGUGUAAGCUUAUUUUCCAUUCAUCUAUACUCUUUUCAAUUAUGUUUUUUAUUUUUUGACAACCAAUUUAUUAAUUUUUCCCACAUACAUUCCCAAUCAAACACUCGACCCUAUCAUCAUUUCUCGAUAACUAUACUGUUCAAACAGGUACGAACUAUAGAAAUUAAUUUUUUACUCUUUACUAUACGGAAUGUAACUCUCAAAAUAAUAUUUCUGAAUUUGUAACGUGUUUAUCAGGAAAUAUUAAUUUCAUGGAUCAUCUAUUACAAAUUAUUUGAUCGUUAUUUAUUACUUAUCGAAGAUUCUUUUUAAUUAUGGUUAUAUAUUAGUUACAAUAAGUAAUAUGUCAAGAAAUCAGAAUUUUGUUGGAAAUUUUUGUCAACGCACUUUUGGAGUACUGAAUAAUGAUAUUUUCGUUAAUAGCGGGUCGGAUGAUUUGAGAAACACUAAAUCACUCAAAUGUUAUUGUAUCCGAAAUUAUUAUUUUUUUUUUAAAUCAAAGCAGACAAAAUGAAAUAAAACAUUACAAACCACGAA